UCAUUACAGGGAGUUCCCAUGGCAACGUUCUCCAUAUUGGAUCUUGUGAUGCUGUUAUGCCUUGGUCCAGCCUUACAUCUGUCCAGAGACAAGGUGUAGAAAAUGUUUAUGGACUUUUCUGUGAUAAAUGCAGGGUCAAUGAGACGCACUCCCUAAUCCGCCCUGACAUGAACCCCUUCCUGGGAGGCAAUGAGAUUCAGAGCAGUGCUGAAGAUCUGUGGAGGACAGAAGACUGUUUCUACAACCCUCUAGCAUCUCGUCAGUACAUGGUAGAUGACUGUGAGACCUCGUACAGUGUCUGUGUGCCCAACAUGGAUGGCACAGGCCGCUGCUCAUGGCUGCAGUCCGAGAAGUACGUCUUUUGCUCCAAGAGGCGAAAGAACAGCGCCUGCCUGCAGACGGGCGGAGCUUAUGCUUUUCUGGCAGGAUGGACAUGUCCAGAGAAUUGUAAAGGCAUCCAGGAGGACUGCCUACGUGAGAUGUGUUUGCAGGCUACCACCGGUGUCGUAUGCCCAAAGAGGAUACGAGAAAGGCCUAUCCCAUCUUUUCUUGGCAAUAAUUUUUAACCUUGGCUCAUUGUUUAGUAUUCAUUUUUUAAAUAAAAAACUUCUUCACUGCUGCAUUUAUAUGUGAGAGACGGUGCAAUAUCAUUUUCGUAUUCUUCCAGAACGAGGGAGUUUAUUUAUUGGUAAUUUGCAAUAAUAACAGGUGAAAGACGAAAGAAUACGAUGAGAAUUAAUGACAUCAGACAAAAGCAACAGGAGUAUAGAAAGAGUCGUCUAGCAAAAUGUUGUGAUUACGUUGUUUAUUAUUGUAAUGCUGUUGUAAAGUACAUUUUUCUGAAGUGAUGUGUAUUUGUGUAUUAAUCGUAGUAUAAGUGUCAAGACUGACAUUGGAAAACAAACAAGGGACCAAAAUAAAGAAAA